UUACCUACAUUUUUGUAAUCAUGAUAACCACCAUAAAGCACUAAAAAAAUGGGAGUGUUACACUGAUGACAUUCGUUUAAUGUGGAUUACCGCUAGUUUGGUCCUAGGAAUUUGACGUGUUCUCAAGUAUUACGAGUAAUAACACUAUUUUAACCUCGAUUUUAACUGUUUCUUUGCAGUUACAGGGUGAAUCAACAUGUCGCCCAACAUACGCCAGAUAGGAAGUAAGAACAAGAUUGACCGCCUUUUAAAUUACACCUUCAAAUGUGAAGUACGUAGCGGAUUCGUUGAAGUGGGCGAGGAUAACUUCUGCGUGCCCGUGUAUUAUGAAAAAUUCGAGAAAGCCAUUAACCAAUUUGAAGUACGCGAUAGUGACGUAUACAUAGUGGCACAUCCGAAAACAGGGACCACGUGGGCGCAAGAGAUGAUUUGGUUAAUAGUCAACAAUCUCGACUACGAAGGGGCGCACGAAGACAUCUUAAAACGCUUUCCCGUCCUUGAAAGUGCGGCGCACAUCGACAGUGAAAUCGUCGACUUGAGCCAAUUUUACGGAUGCGAUUACAUGACCUAUCUCAACAACCUACCCGAACCACGCUGCAUUAAGACACACUUGCAUUGGUCCCUUCUUCCGGAGCAAAUCCGAACUGGAUCAAAAAAACCGAAAAUAAUCAGCGUGCUUCGUAGUCCUGAAGACACGUGCGUUUCAUUUUACCACCAUUGUAAGUUAAUCGAAGGUUAUAAUGGAACAUUCGAUCAGUUCUGCGACCUAUUCCUGGCAGGCAGAUCGUGUUAUGGACCGUUUUGGAAAUCAGUGCUCAGCGUGUGGAAGGAGAGGCAUCGAUCGAAUAUUUUAUUUAUCAAGUAUUCAGACAUGAAAAAGGAUCUCUCGACAGUAAUUAAAAAGGUUGCCAAAUUUUUGGGGAGAGAAAUAAAUGACGAUGCCCUCCAAGGUUUGGUAAAACAUCUAAGCUUUGAGUCUAUGAAAAAAAAUCCGGCCGUCAAUUUUCAAUCGGUUGUCGACAUGUUCGCGUCAGUUUAUCACAAGACGACAGCACCUAACGUGUUCAUCCGGAGAGGUAUCGUUGGAGGUUAUAAAUCCGAUAUGACAACGGAUCAAAUUCAGAAAUUUAAGGCGUGGACGAAAGAAAACCUCUAUGGAUUUGAUUUAGAUGUGGAAUGAACCUAUCAUUUUUUUACUUGUUACCACGUCCUUGUACCUUACGGUCCGGAAUUAUUAUUAUAUCCCCUUAACUUUAACAGAACCCCCAUUUCGUUUUUGUCAGAACAUUACAUUAAGGUCGAUCAAGAAAUAAGUACUACGACUGACACUGAAGUCGUCAAAUGUGGUGAGCUUUUUUAUGUAGAAACCUACUACAUUUAAUAAUACUGUAAUAAUUAGGUAAAGACGGUGAUGGAAUAAAUA